GGGUUAGGUGGGCGUGCAAAGGCGACGCCUCUUUCCUGCCUGUAGUAUUCCUCCAAGAUGAGAGACAGUGAGACGUAAGCAGCUCCGUCUAACAGCCUGGGAAUGUGAAGCUCUGAACCAGAGCCCGGAAGGGGCCUCAUCCUUGACGCAGCCUUUGGGUCAGAGCCAAGGGAGGCGAGACGCCCACAGAGGUCUUUACCCAACUUACCGGGCGAAAAGGCACCCCCGAGGGGGCUCCCAAACCAGCAUCACCGACUACUUCAGAAGCAAACCCCGGCUGCCUGGAUGUGGAGCUGUCAUGGCAAAAGACGACAAGAGCAAACAGGAGGCAGACUUCCUGGAAUCCUUUUCCGCUGGCGAUGACUCCUUCGACCUGGAGGACUCCUGCUCUGUUGUCGGGGACGGUGGGGACCCAGCCCCGAUGGCUUCCAGGAAACGGCCACAUUUCUCCAAGAGCCCCAACAACCUUGGGGCGGGCAGUGACCAGUGGGGCCAGGAUAAAAAACCGUCACCGGGGCAUCGACCUGAGCAGCCCUGGGCUGACGGAAGCCUGAAGGCGGAUGACAAGGACUUGGAGAUUGAUCCCCUGCCAGAUGCGUGUUUUGGGCUCUUGGGGACCCCGUGUUGGGAGGUCCCCCGGGGAAACAUAGAGCAGCUGCCUGAAGAGGUUCUCCGCGAGAUCUUUGCCCUCGUGCCCGCGGCUGAUCUCUUCCAGAGCCUCACCUUGGUGUCUCGUCGCUGGCAUCGGAUCAUCUCUGACCCGCAGUUCGUUCCUUGGAAAAAACUGUACCACAAGUAUCUGAAGUCCGAGGCCGAAGCCGAGCUGAUUGUCAAGGCCAUUCUGCAACGAUACGACAUGACCCCAAAGCAGAGCCACUUUCCACUGGGGUUUUUACAAUGUGUUGCUUCUGCGAAGAGCCGUCAAGGCUGGGACCCCAGAGCGAUCCGCCAAUGCUUGACAAACCACUCUCUGUUUCCCAAGGCAGAAAUCUGCCUUGCCAGCUGGCUGCCUGAGCUGUCGAGCCCCAAAGCGGGACCUCCGUACAUUUGGGCCAUAUUUGCUACCAUCGUGCUGAUAUCUGGAGGUGUCUCUGACAUCCAGGAGCUGGUUUCUUGCGUUAGGAGACCCAGCUCCAGCCUCUCUCUAGCGGACGUCAUGGAAGUUCUGUACUGCAUGGCCACUGUGCUCUUUGCCAUGCGGGAUAAAAAUAUUAAGAUCAGCAACAGGUUUCACUACAGCAUUUUCUACUGCCUCUAUCUCAUGGAGAAUUCUAACAACGGCACGGCAUUCAUCGAGCCGGAAUGGGGCAGCUCCGGGUACGAAAGAGGCCCUCGGUGCAGCAGCCCUGAUAUACGACUCACUUGUGAACAGCUGAAGAUCUUAAAUCACGCAAUUGCACCAAGGGAGGUUAUGAAAAUCAUCGCUUUUGCAGGGACAGGGAAGACUUCCACCCUGAUCAGGUACGCUGAGAAAUGGUCCAACCUCCGAUUCCUGUACCUGGCGUUCAACAAGACCAUUGCGGAUCAGGCAGCGCAGAUGUUCCCCCGAAACGUGACAUGCAAGACGGUCCACUCCUUGGCCUUCGCAGAAGUCGGGAAGGACUACAAGAAGAAGCUCAACCCUGGCUCCCUGAGCUCCUAUUGUGUCAGCUUCGUCCUCCGCAACCGCGAGGGCCAGUCGUUGUUCAUAAGGGCCAAGACAGUCAUUCAGACCCUCUUGGCGUUCUUUGCCUCCGCCAACGAAUCCAUCAGUAUGGAACACACUCCCGUCUGGUGCAAGAACAACCAGGGGCAGCUCGUUCUUGUCCAGGAAGCAGAAAAGCGAAUCAUCGUUGACGAAGCAAACCAUAUAUGGGAAAAUAUGAAAAAGCUGGAGCCCGCCAGGGAGCCCGCUUAUAAGAUGACUCAUGAUGGGUACUUAAAGCUGUGGCAGCUCCAAAAGCCUUCUCUUUCCCACUACGAUGCAAUCUUCAUCGACGAGGCCCAAGACUGCACCCCCGCGAUCAUGGACGUUGUCCUUUCCCAGACGUGUGGGGCCAUCUUGGUCGGAGACCCUCACCAGCAGAUCUACUCCUUCCGCGGCGCAGUCAAUGCUCUGGCCGUAGUGUCUCACACCCACAUGUUCUACCUCACAAAGAGUUUCCGGUUCGGUUCCGAAAUAGCUUACGUCGCUGCUACUCUCCUGGACGUCCUCAAGAAAGUUCGUAAGCAGACGUUGGUUGGCGGCAGACAGGAGGGUGAUAUCACCGGGGCUGGUGUGACGGGGAAAGUAACUCGCUUGUCUCGGUGCAACCAAACCGUCUUCGAUGAUGCUGUGAAACUUACCACCGGAGAACCACCGGCUAAAAUACACAUCCUUGGGGGGCUUAAAGCCUUUGGCCUCGAGAAGAUCUCGGACCUAUGGAAGCUCCUCCAUCCCGAAUUGAAACUUGAGGUGGAGGACCCCUUUAUCAAAAGGUGGGCCAAUAAGGGCGGCUUCGCAGGCCUCAAGGACUACGCAGCAAAGUCCGAAGAUAAGCAACUGGAGAUGAAGAUAGCCAUUGUGGAGAAAUACAAAGAACGCAUCCCAGAGCUGGUGAAAAGAAUAUAUCAGUGCCAUGUGAACACUGCAGAGACUGCAGAUCAUGUCUUGGGGACCGUCCAUAAGGCCAAAGGCUUGGAAUUCGACACCGUCCAAGUGGCAGACGACUUCAUGAGCAGCAUCAGCAUGACUUCCGUGCAGCCCGCCUUCGAGAGGAUACCCAUUUUCCGCACCAAUGCAACCUCCGAGGAUGAAUGGAACUUGCUGUACGUCGCCGUCACCCGCGCCAAGAGGCGCCUCAUCGUUCCAAAGUUCCUGACCCAGAUUGUGACAAGGGCCGGGGAGCACUAUUUUCAGCCUGAAUUAACUAGUGAAGUGUGCAAGGAGGCAGAAAUUCGGUGCUCCGGGCGGGGCUGCUUCAACGUCAUUUCCCGAGACACCAUCCUAACCAUGAAGAAAAUGCCUUUUGUUUACAGCGACGGAACCAAAGAGCCCGAUGGCUUCCUCUGUGACCCUUGUGUGAAAUGGCUGACCUUCGGCUCUAGUGCGGCACACGGCGCGGACGGCGGCGACGAAAUCUUCGAGGUCCCGAAGACCAUCGACAUCCUCUUCGAACAUUUUGAACGGGGGGGAGGCCUCGUCUGGAAUCGCGCUCCAUUGGGAGACGGCAGAUAAGAAAGCCAUUUUUUUUAUUCGGACUGAUGGAGCUGUCCUGUUCCUAGGAAAACUGGGUUGGCGUGAACCGAGGAGGGCCAAUCCGAGGAAGACACGGUCUGCAGAAAUACAGUUCCUAGGUCGGGGUAGUUGAAUAUCAAUGGCUGCAUUCGAAUGACUCUUGUAUAAAUAUUAUGAUAUUAAUUAAAGGAAAAGGACACGAUAUAAAGUAAGUACUAAAAAUAGCAAUAAGAAUAGGAUGAGAGUGUAAGCGCUUUCAAGAUUAUAAAUGUUAAGUACAUCGGGAAAUGACGGGAAGUCAGUUAUGUGUUUAUUUGUUUUUUGUUUAUUUGUUUAGUUUUAUUUAGUUAUUAUUUGAGAUAUUGUUUAAACUAACGCAAUUUAUUGGAAGAUAAAAAUGGUAGAUUUUACUUUGAUAUCAUUUUAAGUAAGUACACAGAAGAAUAGUUGACAUGUAUAUGCUAUUAUCAAAGAUUAUGUAUAAAUUGAAGAUAAGAAAUAAAUAUGAUCUAAAAGCUUUUUUAAAAAAAUAGGUCGGGGUAGUUGCACAUCUCUGCUGUGUUUUGGGGGGGAGAGGAAAGCUCGACUUGCCUUCUGUGUGCCCCCCCCCAACUGUUUUUGGACCUAAAAUGCCACUACGCUGGUGGUCCGGAUUGGUGCCACGUGUCAUGGCUUGAUGGGGAAAGUGGGUAGUAUUUUAGCACAAUGCUCAAUGCAUUGCUCCUCUUGCACUAGCAGGGACUGGGGUGUCACAGGGUAUCGAGGUUCUCUGAGUGUGCCGGUAGCAUAUUCUGGUGCCCGAGGUGCCCUGCAGAUGUCGAUUCAUCACCUGCUCCCCACUUGCUAAGCCUUUGCUAUAUAAACUGCAUGAAAGGUUUUGUCUAUUACAAGUGUCAAGGCAUUUGCGUGUGUGCACUUAUAUCAUUUACAUUUUUGUUUGUUUGUUCCUUUUGCAAACCACCUUGGAAACGUUUUCUGAAAGUGCCAAUACAUGCAGUAGCAUAUGAAUAAAUAACAUCAAUCCUGUCCCACACACUUAACUGGGCAGCGAGUCUCGUUUGAACUCCGUAGAGUUACUUAUGAGUAAACGGGCUCAUUGGAUCUUUCCUCGCACUCAAUAGUAGGCCUUGAAGGCUCAAGAGGAGCAGUGAUAAAAACUGGGUGGUUU